GAUGUCCCAAUCCACCCAGCCCGCCGCCGCCGAUGAGGGGGCCACGUUCCAGCACCUAUGGAGUUCUCUGGAGCCGGACAGCACCUACUUCGAUCUUCCCCAGCCGGGCCAGGGGAAUGAGGAAGUGGCAGGUGGUGCAGAGGCUGGCAUGGAUGUCUUCCACCUGCCGGGCAUGACCGCGCCUGUCAUGUCCCAGUUCAAUUUGCUGAGCAGCACCAUGGACCAGAUGAGCAGCCGCGCGGCCUCGGCCAGCCCCUACACCCCGGAGCACGCCGCCAGCGUGCCCACCCACUCGCCCUACGCGCAGCCCAGCUCCACCUUCGACACCAUGUCACCCGCGCCCGUCAUCCCCUCCAACACCGACUACCCUGGCCCCCACCACUUCGAGGUGACCUUCCAGCAGUCAAGCACAGCCAAGUCAGCCACCUGGACGUACUCCCCACUGCUGAAGAAGCUCUACUGCCAAAUCGCCAAGACGUGCCCCAUCCAGAUCAAGGUGUCCGCCCCGCCGCCCCCAGGCACCGCCAUCCGCGCCAUGCCUGUCUAUAAGAAGGCGGAGCAUGUGACCGAGGUUGUGAAGCGUUGCCCCAACCACGAGCUCGGUCGGGACUUCAAUGAAGGACAGUCCGCUCCCGCCAGCCACCUCAUCCGCGUGGAGGGCAACAACCUCUCGCAGUACGUGGAUGACCCAGUCACCGGCCGGCAGAGCGUCAUGGUGCCCUAUGAGCCCCCGCAGGUGGGAACAGAGUUCACCACCAUCCUGUACAACUUCAUGUGCAACAGCAGCUGUGUGGGGGGCAUGAACCGGCGGCCCAUCCUCAUCAUCAUCACCCUGGAGACGCGGGACGGACAGGUGCUGGGCCGCCGGUCUUUUGAGGGCCGCAUCUGUGCCUGUCCUGGCCGAGACCGCAAAGCAGAUGAAGACCACUACCGUGAGCAGCAGGCCCUCAAUGAGAGUGCUGCCAAGAGCGGGGCUGCCAGCAAGCGUGCCUUCAAGCAGAGCCCGCCUACUGUUCCUGCCCUGGGCACCAACGUGAAGAAGAGGCGGCAUGGUGACGAUGACGUGUACUACAUGCACGUGCGGGGCCGGGAGAACUUUGAGAUCCUGAUGAAGGUCAAGGAGAGCCUGGAGCUGAUGGAGCUGGUGCCCCAGCAGCUGGUGGACUCCUACCGGCAGCAGCAGCAGCAGCUCCUGCAGAGGCCGAGCCACCUUCAGCCUCCAUCAUAUGGGCCUGUCCUCUCGCCCAUGAGCAAAGCACACGGGGCCGUCAACAAGCUGCCCUCAGUCAACCAGCUAGUGGGCCAGCCUCCCCCGCAUGGCUCAGCGGCUGGGCCCAACCUGGGACCCAUGGGCCCCGGGAUACUCAACAACCACAGCCACACCCUGCCGGCCAACGGGGAGAUGAACGGUGGCCCCAGCUCCCAGUCCAUGGUCUCGGGGUCCCACUGUACCCCACCACCCCCCUACCAUGCUGACCCCAGCCUGGUCAGUUUUCUAACAGGAUUGGGGUGUCCAAACUGCAUCGAGUAUUUCACCUCCCAGGGCUUACAGAACAUUUACCACCUACAGAACUUGACGAUAGAGGACCUGGGGACCCUGAAGAUCCCCGACCAGUACCGCAUGACCAUCUGGAGGGGCCUCCAGGACCUGAAGCAGAGCCACGACUACGGCGCCCAGCAGCUGAUCCGCUCCAGCAGCAACGCGGCCACCAUCGCCAUCGGGGGCUCGGGGGAACUUCAGCGCCAGCGGGUCAUGGAGGCUGUGCACUUCCGCGUGCGCCACACCAUCACCAUCCCCAACCGCGGGGGCCCCGCCGGGGGCGCGGGGCCCGACGAGUGGGCCGACUUCGGCUUCGACCUUCCAGACUGCAAGUCCCGCAAACAGUCAAUUAAAGAGGAGUUCACGGAGAGCGAGGCCAACUGAGUAGGGAGGACACGACCAGACCCCCUACCCCCGUGCUAUCGACGCGGAGAGCGGAGAGGGCGGAGUCUCGGCGGAGAGGGUGGAGUCUCCGGGCUGGCGGCCCAGGAAGCCUAGCUGGAUGGCUGCUUUCUCCCAGUCACCAACUGGCCUGGGAGGCAGGACUCCUGGGCUGCGCCGGUGAAGUGGGGAGGCCCUCGGAGCUGUGCUGAGGAUGCGCAUCCAGGGUCCGUCCUCUGGGGGGCUCACCUUCCCUGCCUCUCCUUCCUGGGAGGCUCUGCUGACAACUGCCAAAAAGUGUUUUUCGAUGUCUCUGGCUCUAGGUAGGGAUGAGGGGCUCUGUGCUUGUCCCUAACACGUUUGUUCUCCAGUCCAGUCUCCAGACUACAUCUCUGCCCGAGGCUGGUCCCUCUGCUGGUCUUGAGGGUCGGUCUGUCCCUUGCACCCUUGUCCACUGGCGUAAAACCCGCUGCGGCCACCUCCCAUUUCCUGCCCCAAACAAAAUCCCAAGUUUCACUGGAAUUGGGAAGACUGGCUCCUCCUGGGAGGCAAGGAAACUUUGGGUGAAUGGCCUGCAUCCAGCCCCCAUGCCAACACCUCUGGCCACAGUGCCCUUCCUCCAGUGGCCCCCUGAGCAUAGGCACGGACAGAGUUUCCUCAGACCACUGGGAAUUGUCAACAUUUGAUAAAAUGAUGCCCUUUUUCUACA